CCGCGGCCCACCUACCACAUCACACCACCCUACUCGGCGGUGGCACCGGAGCACGCCGCAAUCCCCGAGCUUCGCUGGGGCUGGGAGGGGAGCCUUCCCGUCGCUUGACGCGUUUCUCGAUCGUUCCCCGUGGCGGCGGGCUGCGCACGCCGUACCGAUCAUUUCGCUGGUCUCUCCCGCCGCGGGUCGCCGAAGAGGGGGGGAGGAGGAGGAGGAUGCCCGUGGAAGGCGCCGUCGGGAUCAAGGGCGAGGAGAUGGAGCAGGCCUCAGCGACAACUCCUACCACCAGUACGAUCAGGACAAAGCGAGCUCGUCCCAAGAGCAGUGCCACGCUGAGAAUCAAGACUCCAGUGGCGUCUCCUCCUGGAGGGGAGGGUGGUCCGGAGGAUAGGGACCACAUGUACCGGGGUGUUCGGCAGCGCAGGUGGGGCAGGUGGGUCUCUGAAGUCCGUGAGCCCAACCGCGGCAAGCGACACUGGCUGGGCACCUUCGACACCGCCGUUGACGCCGCCCUCGCAUACGACAGGGCCGCCGUGGCCAUCUAUGGCUCCCGCGCAAUCGUCAACUUCCCAUCUGCCUUCUUCAUCUCCACCGCCCAGCCAGUGCAAUGCCAUUCCCCGUCUUCUUCUCCUGCCACUGCUGCCUCUGUCCUUACUGAGCAUGGAGUGAAGCCGAUGAUGGCUGCUGCCUCUAUCCUUGAUGAGCAUGAAAUAAAGCCGGUGAUCACCGCCUCUGUCUCCGAUGAGCGUGAAGUAAAGCCAAUGGUCGCUGCUUCUGUCUUCGGUGAACGCGAAGUGAAGCCAAUGGUCGCUGCCUCUGUCUUCCAUGAGCGUGAAGUAAAGCCAAUGGUCCCUGCCUCUGUCUUCGGUGAGCGUGAAGUGAAGCCAGUGGUCGCUGCUUCUGUCUUCGGUGAACGCGAAGUGAAGCCAAUGGUCGCUGCCUCUGUCUUCCAUGAGCGUGAAGUGAAGCCAAUGGUCCCUGCCUCUGUCUUCGGUGAGCGUGAAGUGAGGCCAAUGGUCGCUGCCUCUGUCUCCGGUGAGCGUGAAGUAAAGCCAAUGGUUGCUGCCUCUGUCUUUGGUGAGCGCGAAGUGAAGCCAAUGGUCGCUGCCUCUGUCUUCGGUGAGCAUGAAGUCAAGCCGACGCCGGUGCACGGUGUUGGUGACGACACCUGGAUCGCUCAGCAUUGGGAUGCUUCUUGGGCUGAGCGAGAGGAAGUUUAUGCUGACUACCUCAAGGACAUUGCCAUGUAUAUUGAUGUUGAUGCUAUCACUGAGAAACUGGUGUACCACCCCGGCAUCUAUGGUAAAGAUUACCAGGUCGAUGGGUUCGAUGCUGAGUUCACCGUCUCGCCAUUGUGGGAGCUGGGUGACUGAAAUGGCAGCCGAAGGAGGAUUUUUUUUGCUGACUAGGGUAGCUUCGUUAUGCUGGUAGCCAUCCAGAUCCUUUAGCUGAGCAUAUUACAUACUUGAUGUAGGUCAGGAGGGAGCCUUUCUCUGCACGUCUGCAUAGCGUUAUGUUUGGUAGAACUGUAAUGAUAUAUGUAGAUGAUCAUGCUGUGCAUCGAAUCACCUUCUCUAAUUCGGACAUGAUGGGCGUCAGAAUCUAUGUCUUAACAUUGGGUAAACAACGGUCUGAUGCUAUAGUUCGUUGCUAGUAACUCCGAGUAUUAGAAGUGCAAGCCAUUAUCUUUGUUAGAUACUCCUCCGUCCAACGUUUUUUGACACUGUCAACGUUCUUAUAUGGGAUGGAGUGUCAAAAACGUAUGUUAUGGGACCGGGGGAGUAUAUGUUACAUGUGUUUACUUGAGGAAUUGCUAGAACACUGUCACGUGCACCACCAGUCUACUACAAGCAAGUAUUUCCCCAUAUCUAAGCCAUGCAGCCAAGUGAGUGAGGACCCCACAUAAAUUCUAAUCGUAGAUUGUGUUUUAAAUUCUCAUGUAAACAUACCACAACUUGAUCUGCAUGUGAGUGUAGUUUCAUACAAGUUGCAAAAUGCUAAACCACACAGCAAACUUGUGGGCUGGAGUAGAGCUACGGCGUGCGUUUUUCAUGCUGAUGAUCUUGUGGGCGACAAAGAUGGAAUGCGACCCUGUGAACCUAUUAGCAUCGGGUUCUCUCGGGUGCAGAAGAAGAUGGAGGUAAUGCUGUUGAGAUUAACAUGACACA